AUGGCCCCGCUGCUGUUGACCUUGGCUGCCGCCGCCCUGGCCUGGCCCUGCCCUGCCGCCCCGUCGGAGAGCCGCUUCUCCGAGGCGCGGGUGGCGCGCUGGGCGGCGGCGGCGCUCAGGCACGUGGCGGCGACUCAGUGCCCCGAACGCGGCGGGCUCUUGCCGCGGCCUCAAUGUCAGCGUUUGGUGCGGCUCUCGCAAGGGCCAGGCCCUGCAGUCUAUAUCUCCGAACCUGCCCGGCCGGGUCAGAAAGUGCGGGCGCUCCUGCCCGACGGCUGGGGAGACAAACCUGGCGCGCCCCUCGUCCCCAGCCGGAACCAGAGCGGCGGCGGCGGCGGCGGCGGCCCUCAGCGAGCAGCCUUCGCACCUGCCGGCCAAGACGCCGUCCUGGUUUUGGACCCCAAUCCCGGCGCCAACUUCGGCCACCCGCUCCUGCUCUUCCAUGUCGACUUCAACGUCAGCCCGCGUCGGUGCCGCAGUCGCGGUCGCCUCUACCUGGGGAGCUACGAAUGCUUGACUCCUGUACAGAGAAAUCACUGUGAGAACCAGCUAAAGCGCAGACCAGGACGUGGCAAGGGGCGGAGUCAGCGCUCAGCAGGACACAUGCGCCAUGAAGAACCACCAGUAGGGUUUUGCGAGAUACAUUUUCUGCCCCUGAUAGUGGUGGCGCAGGAUCUGAAACACCUGCAGAAAUUGCACUGCAUAGAUCUCCAUGGCUACAGCCCAUGCCCACAGCCUCUGCCUCUUGUCGGUUCUAGUUCCACAGCUGCCUACUGCGAGCUCAACGAGAAUACACGGCGGUGUCAUCGCCAGCAGUCUCCGAUGUACAAGUUGUGCCGCAUAUAUCAGACAUGUGAUCACGCAGUACUGAUUGCAGGUGGAUGGCAGGAGCAGGUCACCUAUCCUCACCAUGCCCAGAACCUGUUGCUUUUCUACCAGAUGCUUCAACGAAAUGGUUUCCGCCAAGAGCAUAUCAAGGCUUUCUUUGCCAAUGAGGGACAGGCUUCAGUGGAGAUGGGAAAUGUGCAACCAGCGACAGAGAAGUUGGCGAUCCGGUCCCACUUGGCACUUCUCUGCCGUAGUCUGCAUUGUGCUGACACACUGGUACUCUACCUCAACAGUCCAGCUUCCAGUGAUGGCACCAUGUUCUUGUGGGAUGCUAACCAUAAUGGCAUUGCUGAUCCUAAGGAGCGUUACGCCAUCUCAGAGCUCUUAACAGACUUGGAAAGUUGCAAUGCCCAACGGGUCCUGCUCUUUGUUGACCAGAGCUAUCCAGGGCCAUUGGUAAAGAAGCUCCAGGCAUCGCAGCGCCAUCCCAAUGUAGUGUUGGUCCAUAGCACCACUGCCCUCCGAAGUGGAUCAGCUUUUGCUGAAUUCUGGGCAGGACUGCAACCUGACCAGUGUCUACUUCAGCAUACUUUGCCGGUGGGUUCGUGGUCUGCAGUCUUCGCCUCUGGCACUCCAAUCCAGCUGCUCAAUGUCACAUUAGCAGGAGCCCCUUGCCAUUCUGUGCCACCCUUAGGAGAGGAAGAACGCCAGCGUCGCUACCACGGCUGCCAAAAUCUUCCCACCAUGUUGUGGUAUCAGAGCAGGCACCAACAGGAACUGCAACAGGAUGACUGAUCAUGGUGGGCACUGUCUUGGGGGUGUCUAUGAGGCCCAUAGUCUUGUUCUGUAACCAGAGGCUCUUUCCUCCAAGGAGGUUUUUUUUUUUUUGGUUUUGAGGGACCCAGAUGCAAUUAACACCAACAGUCAUCCAAUGGGUGGAUAUGAUACUGUUGCUGGACAUUGCCAUAGUAGGGAGAAACUUUCCUAGUAAUUUGUCUACAGUGGACUCUACAAAGUUGUUCAAUUUUCCAAGGCAAAACUGAGAAGCAGAUGUGCCACUGUUGGUUCUUGUAUAUUGUUAAGCAUAAACAGAUGAAAAAAUGUUAGAUCACAAGUGGAAGAACGAGACUGGAAGAUUCCAGUCAUAAGUCAGAAUAUAUUUGGGGGGAGGGGGAACAGACUUCUAGGGUAACAACUUAAUACCAGGCAGAGUAGGCAAUGCACAGUGGAGGAAGUACAAGUGUAAAAGAGUAAAGCAUCUAUGCUAAUGUACAAAUUGUGCUGCUCUCUUGUGUAUAAGAAUCUCCCUUUCCACACACAAUUCUCCCUCAUGUUUUUCUCCAUAUAAUACUCGGGAGCAUCAUGAUGAGACAGGAGUAGGUGGAAAGAAGUUUUGAAACAAUCAAGCUCUUGAAUAAAAACAAACUUUAUUCUCAAUUUCCAACUGUGGCUAUUUACUUGAUGUGGAGAUCCAUACAGUUAUAAUUAAUACAGGGGUGAAUGCUCUCUUGUUGCCGCAAAGGCAGAAGAACCUCAGGAAACAUAGCUACCUGUUCCUGCUUUGGAAAGAGUUAAAAACAUGGGCUGAACGUUGGGAUCAUCCUGAUGUGAUCUUGAUCCAAUGUGUUCCUGACAUACGGUUGGCUAUAUGUGCUCAUUAAACUCAAGCGGUUAUUUCUCUGUUGUUUCAAUCAUUGCAGCUGCAGAAUUUUCAACCAUCCUAUCACCUAAGUUUCCAUAAAUACAAGCCUGGUCAUGUGAUGCCCCCGACGAUGAUAACAAGGACUUACAACCAAAAUUCCCAUCCCAAUUGUGGUCAUAAGUCAAGAACUACCUUAAAUUGAGAACUAGGUAUAAUAUGCACGUAAAAGCCACUUUGGGAUGGUAAUUAAAGAUACUAGGCUAGAAACUGGGACACAGUGAGUUCUACCUAAAGUCUGAAGCCAAUUGGGUGAUUAGGCCAGUUCCUCUCUCUGCCUUAGGAAAAAAGCAUGUGUGAAUAAUCAAACAUGUGUUAGGGUAAGGACUCCGAUGUACAGAUAGUUCUCACUUAACAAUUGCCCUUUUUAGGAACCAUUUGAAAUUAUGCUGAAGAAGACUGGUCCUUGCACUUACAACCUUUGCAGCAUCUUCCUAGUCACAUGAUCUUGAUUCAAGCGUUUCACAUUUGUCAGGUGUUUUCAGUUACUGCAGCAUUCCAGUUAUGUGAGUGCCAUUUUUGCAACUUCAGUUUCCAAUAAGCAAUCAAUGGAGAAAUGAGUAGUAAAAUUGUAAGUUGCAUUCAAAUGCGUUGCUUAAUGAUCAUGCCACUUAGUGAUGGGAGUUGGCGACCCCACUGUGGUUGUUAAGCAAAAUCUACCUGCACUUUAGGAGAAAAGGCUACUAGAAGCCUUUUCUUAUUUAUUAUCUAUCUAGAAGCCAGUGUUAGAUUCCGGAUCCUGUUGCAACUGGUACAGUUGCAACGGGGCCCGUCGUUGUCCACAUGAACCCGCGCAGCGCGCACAUAUACACAUAGCGUGCGCAUGCGUCUUACCAUCCAGCGACGCCUCCAUGAUGCUCCAGCUGCUUGGCGGAGCGUCACAUAGGCGCUGUAUGCA